AUGGCGCUGAAGCACCUGUCCAACGCCCUGGCAACCCCCGAUCAGCUUUCCAAUUCCUCCUCUUCAUUAGACGGUGUGCCAUCUGAUCUCGAAACCUCGAUCCGCUGUGCAGGAGCCCAGCUCACACAAUCUGCCGGGGUGCUAUUACACCUAUCCCAAGAUAUCAUCGCCCAGGCAAUCGUCAUAUUUACGCGAUUCUGGCUUGGCGCCGACGGUGGCAGUUUGCGCAUCUACCCAGUAAAGGAUGUCUCCGCCGCAGCUCUCUACUUGACCGCCAAGCUUUCCUUCCAGCCCACUUCCCCUCGCUCCGUGCUCAAUGUAUAUACCUUCCUUCUAUCCAAGGACGCCUCACCCUUGUGGUUUGUGAGGCAAGGUGGCUCUCCUCAAACACCACCCUCCUCUGAAACCUACAUUCUGUCAGAGGGCGGCUACCAGGCCGCACGGCAGGUUCUCCUUAAGAUCGAAUCCGUCAUCCUUCGCACCCUGGGCUUUGACACCCAUGUCGCCCUGCCCCAUACCAUUGCAUUGACAUAUCUCCAAACUCUGGGCUCGUCAAAACCUGCCCUCGCCCAACGGGUGCUGCGGCAUCUCAAUGCCGCCCUGCUUUCGCCGCAACUGCUUUACGUGACCCAUCAGCCCAAUGCACUGGCUGUGGCUGCCAUAUAUCUCGCGUCUCGCGAGGAGGGUGUCAAGCUAGUCGAUAGCGACUGGUGGGAGGUAUUUGAUGUCGACCGCGAAGAGCUUGGCUUUUUGGUUGUGGGCAUGAAAAGUAUGGAAGGGUUUAUGCGAGCUGAACUCAGCCUAUGGAACGACAGGUCUAUUCCGAUGGUUCCAGAUCAAGUCGAUGCCGAGAUGGAGCGUCGCCGAAUGAUGGAGGACGGCGAGUGA